GCCUGUGCUCCGUCUCCAUGGUGACCGGCCUCACCGUAUAGCAGGCCGCGGGCCCGGGGAGGGAGAGAGAAGGGGGGUCGCACUGCCCGGCGAUGACGUACCGGGAGGGGGAGGAGCUGCGGCGAGACUCCGGGACAGGCCGCACACCGGAGAGAGACCGGACACCGGAGAAGAUGGCGGAAAUCGGGCGUGACGUGUGAGGAGAACCGGGAAGGGGGAGGGGAGAGCUCCUGUCAAUGACUUGGACACACCAUGGAUGGCGGAGGGGCUGGCCCGGACCUGCAGACGCAGGACACCAGAAUCCCGCACACUAUGAUCAUGCAGGACUUCGUGGCCGGGAUGGGUGGCACCGCCCACAUUGACGGCGACCACAUCGUCGUGUCGGUCCCCGAAGGCGUCUUGGUUUCCGACGUCAUCACGGAUGACGACAUUGCGCUUGAACAUGACGGGAUGUCGGACGACGUGGUCCAAGGUCCGGAUAUCAUCACCGAGGCCGACAUCGUCACAGAGAACAUCAUCGUUCCGGAGGCGGUCCUGGAAACGGAUGUGGCGCUGGAGGAGGAGGAGGAGGAGUUAGACAGCGGCCAUCACGUCCUGGAGUCCGACAUCAUCACCGAAACCGUCGCUGUCCCCGACCAAGUGUUUGUCGCCGACCUCGUCAGUGACGGCGAUGGUCAGCUGGCACAGGUGGUACAAGAUGGCUUGUCUGGGUCUCAUUCGCCCACACUGGUCUCUCAAGAAGUUCUGGUGGCAAGCUGCGAUUCGGACGCCAUUAUCCAAGCGCCUUGCGGCUCCUCGGUGGGAGUCAAAACUGAGGAGGAAGAAGACGAUUUAAAGGGGGAGGCUGAGGAUUAUUUAAUGAUAUCAUUAGACGAUGUCGGGGAGCGCCUGGAGCGGAUGGGCAGCACCCCCCUAAAAAUCAGCACGGAGGUCUCCCACGGGGAUGGGUGUAAGGAAGACGGGUUUGGUUCGGAGGUGAUUAAAGUUUACAUAUUCAAAGCGGAAGCGGACGAUGAUGUGGAAAUAGGGGGAACAGAAAUAGUGACGGAGAGCGAUUUUCAGAACGGACAUCCUGUCGCCGGAGUCCUGGAACAGGCGGGACUGGCGCGAUUACCGCGGGAGAAGAUGGUGUACAUGGCUGUUAAAGAUUCCUCUCAGGAAGACGAAGAUAUCGGUUGUGCAGAAAUAGCUGAUGAAGUGUACAUGGAGGUGAUUGUGGGGGAGGAAGAGGCCACAUCGCUCACAGAUUCUCAAACGGAAGAUUCAGGGCUAAGCAAGACGUUUGUCCCCGUGGCCUGGGCUGCUGCCUACGGAGACGAGAGGGAGCUGCCCAGGAAGUACGGGGAAUGGCAGGAGAGCGGAAACGUCGAGUCUCGCCUGGAAACAAAGAACGGAACGGCGACCCAGUACCUGCAGAUCUGCGACAGUAUCGCCACCAGCAGAGCCCUGAAACAGAAAGCCAAAAAGAGGAGGCGAGGGGACGGCAGACAGUGGCAGACGGCCGUCAUCAUCGGCCCCGACGGUCAGCCACUGACCGUGUACCCGUGCCACAUCUGCGGUAAGAAGUUUAAGUCGCGGGGCUUCCUGAAAAGACACAUGAAGAAUCACCCGGACCAUCUGAUGAAGAAGAAAUACCAGUGCACAGACUGCGACUUCACCACCAACAAGAAAGUCAGCUUCCACAACCACCUGGAGAGCCACAAACUGACCAGCAAAUCCGAGAAGCCUCACGAGUUCACCGAGUACACGCGGCGCUAUCGGGAGGCCAGCCCGCUCAGCUCAAACAAGCUGAUCCUGAGAGACACCGAGCCCAGGGUGCACAAAUGCAAAUACUGCGACUACGAGACGGCCGAGCAGGGGCUCCUCAACCGCCACCUGCUGGCCGUACACAGCAAGAAUUUCCCACACGUGUGUGUCGAAUGUGGGAAGGGCUUCAGACACCCCUCCGAGCUGAAGAAGCACCUUAGGACCCACACAGGGGAAAAGCCUUACGCGUGCCACUUCUGCGAGUUCCGCUGCGCCGACCAGUCGAACCUAAAGACGCACAUUAAAAGCCGCCACGGCGCGGACUUGCCGUUCAAGUGCGAGCAGUGCCCCCAGGCAUUCACCGACGAGAAGGAGCUCCUGCGCCACGCCGAGCUCUUUCAGGGUCACAAAACCCACCAGUGCCCCCACUGCGACCACAAAAGCACCAACUCCAGCGACCUAAAACGCCACGUCAUUUCCGUCCACACCAAGGAUUUCCCCCACAAGUGCGACGUGUGCGACAAGGGCUUCCACCGCCCCUCCGAACUUAAGAAACACAGCGAGAUGCACAAAGGCAAAAAGGUCCACCACUGCCGCCACUGCGACUUCAAAACCCCCGACCCGUUCAUCCUGAGCGGCCACAUCCUGUCUGUGCACACAAAAGACCUGCCCUUCAAGUGCAAAAAAUGCAAACGUGGCUUCCGGCUGCAGCCGGAGCUCAAAAAGCACAUGAAGACGCACAGCGGCAAAAAGGUCUACCAGUGCCAGUACUGCGAGUACAGCACGACGGACGCGUCCGGCUUCAAACGCCACGUCAUCUCCAUACACACCAAGGACUACCCGCACCGCUGCGAGUUCUGCCAAAAGGGAUUCCGACGGCCGUCCGAAAAGAAUCAGCAUAUCAUGCGCCAUCACAAGGAGGUCCUUUCGUAACUGUGUUUAAUUCUGUGUGGAAACAAUGAGGAGAGCGCUGCUCUGCCGCACUUCAUGCAUGAUAGGAAAUGUAGCACUUUUUGUAUGAAGGAUUGGAGGGUACGUGCAAUGCCUCCCCAUGUAAGGCCGUCACGCCCGUGUCAAACAAUACAGGGUG